GAACCUUAAGACAAAAAAGCUGAGCAAAGUAGUCCUUCUUUGGUCUCCUUUCCCCUGGCGGCCGCCGUCCUGAUCUGAAACCCUAGCGAAGCGGGAAAGCUGAUGGGCUUCGACGUCGGCACCGUCCCCUUUAACUCCGACCGUUGGGGUCCACCGGAGACGCCCGCCUCCCCUCUCCUCAGCAAGCACGAGGGCGCCGCUCACCCGGCCAACAUUCCCUUCGCCCCCUUCUCCCGAUCCGAGAAGCUCGGCCGCGUUGCGGACUGGACCCGCAGCUACAACUUUGCCGCCAAUCCUUCCCGAUCUGCCGGCGGCGGCCGCGACGCCGUCUUCGACUUCGCUCUCGACGAGUCCUCCGCCCUCGCCGGCGCGGCCACCGAUGACUCGUGCUUCCGCCUCGUUGACGGUAAGCCCCCUCCUCGCCCCAAGUUCGGCCCUCGCUGGCGCUUCCAGCAGCGCCCGCAGCUGCCGCAGCGCCGCGACGAGGAGGUUGAGGCUCGGAAGCGCGAGGCCGAGAAGGAGCGCGCCCGCCGCGAUCGCCUCUAUCACCUCAACCAUCGCUUCUCCUCGUCCGCCGGCGGUCACGGUCCUCGCCGGGACACCCCCGCCCCCAAGUCCUCCGUCGACAUCCAGCCCGAGUGGACCAUGCUGGACCAGAUCCCCUUCUCCACCUUCUCUAAGCUCUCCUUUUCCGUCCCCGAUCCGCCCGAGGACCUCCUCGUCUGUGGCGCCCUCGAGUUCUACGACCGCUCCUUCGACCGCGUCAAUCCCAAGAACGAGCGCCGCCUUGAGCGCUUCAAGUCCCGCAACUUCUUCAAGGUCACAACCACCGACGACCCCGUCAUCCGCCGUCUCGCCGCUGAUGACAAGGCCACCGUCUUCGCCACCGACGUCAUCCUCUCUGCUCUCAUGUGCUCCCCGCGGUCCGUGUCAUCCUGGGACAUUGUCAUCCAGCGCGUCGGCAACAAGCUCUUCUUUGACAAGCGCGAGGGGUCUCAACUAGACCUGCUCUCCGUCAACGAGACCUCGCAGGAGGCACUCCCCGAUGCCAAGGAGGACAUUAACUCUGCCUACUCCCUCGCCAUUGAGGCCACUUACGUCAACCAGAACUUCUCGCAGCAGGUCCUUGUGCGUGAUGGCAACAAGGUUACGUUUGAUGAACCUAACCCCUUUGCUACUGAAGGCGAGGAGGUCGCCUCUGUUGCAUACCGGUACCGCCGCUGGAAGCUCGAUGAGGAUACUCACCUCGUCGCACGCUGUGAGGUGCACAGUGUGACUGACGUCAAGGGGCAACGAGCCUUCAUGACCCUGAACGCUCUCAAUGAGUUUGAUCCGAAGUACACGGGGGUAGACUGGAGGCAGAAACUUGAGACACAGAGGGGAGCAGUUCUCGCCACCGAGCUCAAGAACAACACCAACAAGCUAGCCAAGUGGACCGCUCAAGCCCUCCUUGCAGGCGCUGACCUGAUGAAACUGGGUUAUGUCUCUAGAGUCCAUCCCCGGGACCACUUUAACCAUGUUAUCUUGAGUGUGAUCGGCUACAAGCCAAGGGAUUUUGCCGCUCAGAUCAACCUCAAUACGUCGAACAUGUGGGGGAUUGUAAAAUCGAUCGUAGACCUUUGCAUGAAGCUAAAUGAAGGGAAAUAUGUGCUUGUGAAGGACCCUGUCAAGCCGCAGGUAAGGAUCUAUGAGGUGCCGGCCGAUGCAUUUGAGAAUGAGUAUGUGGAGGAGCCACUGCCAGAGGAGGAGCAGGUGCAGCCGCCUGCAGAGGAAGAUGCCACCGGCAAUGCUAUGGAUGCAGCAGCAGAAGCAGAGGCCAAUUCUGCUGCUGGAGCAGCAGAGGAGGAGAAGGAUGUUAGCGCUUCCACUGUCUGAAGGUUACUCGUGUUCUUCAUUAAUAUUUUUGAUCUUUACUAGCAACAACAUCUUCAUGAGGACUAAGCUGUGCCAUCUGAAGUUUUGAACUUGUGGGAUUAUUUUCUUUUUGUUAUGCUUGAAUAGUGGGUUGAGUCUUCUAAGACUGGCUUUAGCUUCUCACUGUGAGGGUAGUGCUUGGUCAAAAUGCUAGCUUGCUUCAUUUUUGGCAGGACAUUUGCUGAUAUGUUUAGCUUAUGUUAUGUUCUGUUAUUCAAUAUGCAUGCCUUCAGUGUCUAACUGAUGAGGUAGCCUGAAUAUUG